GUUUCAAUCCCUAUCCCAGUUUCGAUUUUACCAGGUAAUUUGUUGAAGACAGAAAAGAUGAAGGGAGUGAAGGGGAAGUUGUUGAAGAAGCUGAAAUCGAUCAAGCCCGUCGGUUACCUAAAGCCAGAUCGUGUUCUUCAGGUAUUUGCCAUUGAUGGGUUCGUCGAUUCUUGUCCCAAGACCCCAGAUCCGAGAAUAGAAUCCCUGAUGGCGCGAAAGGAAUUUGAGCCAGAGAUAAACGAGGAGAACAGGGUGGUGAUUCAAGAGCCAGAAAUCAUUGAUGUAACGGAGCUUAUGAGAGAUCUUGAGGAUGAUGAUGAAGAAGAAGAAGAAGAAAUGGGUUCCGAUAAAGGUGUUGAAGAUAAAGAGAACAUCAGGCCACUCUUGAAAGGAAAUUCAGCAGUUCUUGGUGAAGAAAAUUUGGGGGUUCCGAUGACAUUGGAGCAGGGAAGCUGCAGGAAUACGGAAACCCCGUUGUCGGAGAUCGACAUCUCGUCGUUCCGGAGACCGGACCUGAAUUCCUGCAGCCUCUUCGAUCCAAACCUGCUCGUUGCCUUCGAGCAGGCGGUAAAGGAGCAUAUGAAAAUGAGUGAAGCAGAGAGGCAAGCAAGAAUUGAGCAAGAGAAACUCCAACAGAGUGGAGACGAAACAGAGUGUAAUGCAAAAUUAGAGCAAGAAAACGAGCCUCCGCAUAAAACUCGCCGGAUUGAUGCCGCCGAAACCAUCGAAGACGAUCCUAUUUUAUUCUUUGAAGAGAAAUGCCCGCCUGGUGGCGAUGGAUCGGUGAUUCUAUACACAACAACGUUGACAGGGAUAAGAAAGACAUUUGAAGAUUGUAACAGGGUUCGGUUUCUUCUGGAGAGUUUCCGGGUUCUAUUCUUCGAAAGGGAUGUCUCAAUGCACAUGGAGUACAAGGAAGAGCUAUGGAAAAUCUUGGACGGAAAAGCAGUACCUCCGAAGCUUUUCAUUAAGGGGAGAUACAUCGGCGGAGCAGAGGAGGUCCUGACUCUGAACGAGCAGGGGAAGCUCAAGUUGCUCUUUGACGGUAUUCCAGUAGAUAGAUCAGAUGGACCUUGUGAAGCUUGUGCCGGAGUUCGAUUUGUGCUCUGCUUCGGGUGCAGUGGCAGUCAUCGGAUCAUCGCCGAUGAUGGAUUGUCGAGUCAAUGCCCUACAUGCAAUGAGAAUGGUUUGAUUAUCUGUCCUCACUGUUGCUGAAAGGGAUACUGAAAGAGAGUACUUUGUGUAUUGAUUUCAUAUUGGAAAUUUGGAACUAAUGAA